UUGCUGUAUUUGUUUUACUGGGUGAAACCCCAUAUGCUGCAGCAGCUUUUGCGCAUACUUUCUCUAUUGCUAUGGAUAACUUUAGUGGUUUUGGGUUGGGCAAAGCAUGUAGGAAACAGAGGACUGAUCUGUAUCGACGGCCUCCAAAGGAGUCCCUGUCUCUUCUGGAUUCUCAUGAUAAUUCAUCCAUUUCUUCAACACCACCAUCUGAUAGUUUGAGCAAAGCAUCAAGUUGUGACAAUGCUGAUUAUGGUAAUAUUUCGAGAACAUCAUAUAGUAACCUCAGUGAUACUGAGCAAAAGGAUGGUCAGAUAGAUAUGAGUAGGUCUAAAGAAGAAGACCUUACAACAUCUCAGAUAGAAGAUCCCAAAAUAAAUGGAACUGUGACAUGCAAUAACCAUUCUGGACCGUCAGGAGUAGCAUCAGAUGGAAUUGGGAAUGAUAACAAAGUCAAGAAAGUGAAACUCAAAGUUGGUGGUGUUACAAGAACAAUACACACUUCUGUUGCUGGGUCCUCUUCAACAAAGUCUUCAUCCUCUUCAGAUUCCCCCCAAACAGGGCAACCUAAGCAAAACACAGGUGGACAUUAUUCCUCUUAUACUGGCAAGGCAAUUGGCUUGCGAGGUAUCCCUUGGAAGGAUUUUGGUAAAACUGGUUUUGGCAUUAGGAGAGUGAAUUCCUCGACGGAUCAGUUACCUGGGCAGAUUGCCCAUUCAAAGCAAUUUGGAAAAUAUGAGGCAGCUCAUAAAAGCAAGUUUCUGCUUAAAAGACAUUUAUCAGGUGAAACAUAUGAUGAAGACAAUGAAGAUGACGAUGAUGAUGAGAUCCGUUACCUGGAGAAGCUCAGGUCUUCCAAAUACUCUGCUGGUUAUAGUGUCUAUGAGGAUGAUGAUGAUGAAAUUGGUUGCAGAAAACAGCGGAAGAUAUCAAAGGUGUUAAGUCAAAGUAGCAGUGUUUAUGGCGCAGAUCUGAGUGAUUACAACUCGCUUAAAGUAGUUAAAGGGAUUAAGAAAUCCAAGUCCGAAAGAGCAUCUCAGGAUACCAACUACGAAGAAGAAGUGGUUUCUGAUACUGAGUUAGUACCCAAGAGGAAGAAACAACUAAAGGAAUUCACUGAUAUCUCAGUAGAUGAUAGGAGAAAAUUGGCUGUGACUACUCGCCAGCGUGCACUUCAAAAUGGAAAAGAUAUUUCUUCCAGUGCAGGCUUGAGUGCAAUUGAGUUCCCUCAUGGACUUCCACCUGCACCACCUAAAAAACAAAAGGAGAAACUCUCUGAAGUGGAACAACAGUUGAAGAAAGCUGAGGCUGCGCAAAGACGCAGGACGCAAGCCGAAAAGGCUGCUCGAGAGUCUGAGGCUGAAGCAAUUAGGAAAAUCCUCAGUCAAGAUUCUAGUAGGAAAAAGCGAGAAGAUAAACUUAAGAAGCGACGAGAGGAGUUAGCACAGGAGAGGACUGCAACAGCUGCUGCAGUUUCAUCAAAUGCUAUCAGAUGGGUCAUGGGUCCUUCUGGAACUGUUGUGACAUUUCCUGAUGAGAUGGGACUCCCAAGCAUAUUUGAACCUAAGGCUUGCAGCUAUCCACCUCCUCGCGAGAAGUGUGCUGGUCCAUCUUGUAUGAAUACAUACAAAUACAGAGACUCGAAAUCAAAACUACCUCUCUGCAGUCUCCAGUGCUACAAGGCAAUACGUGAGAAGAUUCAACCUCUGAGUGCUUGUUGAUUGAGCAGAGCUCCUACAGCCCUAAUACUGAUGGGCACUUGGACUCUUUUGUAGAAAAUUCAUGUGGGAACUGUAAAAGAAAUGGUUGUGCCCCAUACCAUCUUAUGAUUCCUAUCACAUACUCCAGCUGAUAUAAUCUGUUGCUUCAGCUUGAUUUAUUGUUCAUUGUACCGUACAGUUGUUGACAGUACCACCUUUGUCGAUCCAGUUAGCAUCAGUGUGUCUAUUACUCCAUUUACCAAGA